CUUCACCGCAAGCAGCACCGGGGCUUUUUAUGUGCGGCUGCUGCGGUUCGUCUUGUUGUGGUGAAUGUGUGAUCGAGGUCCGGCAAUUGUCCCCUCUCGGGGCCAGAGUUCUCUUCACCAAGGAGAAGCCGGAAUAGGUAAUAUAAUGCAUGUGUUCUGCUCGCACAUCUUCACUGUCAAGAUGUCUAUAUAGCUUUAUUGAAGUCGCUAUUGUCUGUCCAUGAUCCAUACGUCUCCGCGCUAUUCCACAGAUCGAGAAGGAAGGGAGGGAGGAAUCUGACAAUCAGACAGACAAUCCGGCUGGUUCGCUCACCAGCCCAAAUGAUAAGAAGGGUGUUGCUGUAAUUUAAACCAUUAUAUGAUGCCUUUGAGAUAGGGCAGUGCAUGAAAUUGGUAUUUUAGUCCACUUUUUACAAUUGUUAUUCUAUACAUUGAAACGAAUCAUGGAGUGGAAAAUUGCAUAUUGAAGUUUAUUGUUUUUUGCAAAGAAUUACAAGAGGAUUAGGCUCUUGAAAUUCAUGGUAAUGGUAUUUUGCCCAGGGAUUGCGGUUUUAUUAGCCUACAACCUUAUUAACGUGAUCAACUGUACCAGAGGGCAAGAAUAUAUCGCGUUUCCCCCCUUGUCUGACAUGCAAUAAUGUUGUAGCCUAUAUGUUAUAGCCUAGGCCUAUCCAUUUAUUUGGGUAGGCAAUAGGACAGACGUCAUCUUCUUUGUGCAUUAUCCGGUGCAUUUCAUUAGUGCAUUAGUCGCUGAGUCGCUGUAGGCAGUGACAGCUGCAACGCCUUGUCUACUACUGGUAUCAAUAGAGAGAGCAGGGGAAAGCAAGCCUAUGGAAUAACAAAACAAUUACAUGGUGGACUUAAGGUGCCGGGUAACACAGCAAAGACAAUGACACACACACACACACACACACACACACACACACACACAUGCACACAACUUGAGAGAGAUAAGUGCUGUUCUGGGAAAAUAAUAGAAGAUCCUGUGCUGCUUAGAAGCUAUUAAAUAUUUCUCAGUCUUAUGUAAUGCCGCACAGUAUUUAAUGACAUUUGCUGCUGCAAUCCAGUGAUGUUGAAAGUAAGAUGAGAUUUAAGUGCUCUUGUAACUGCUGUAAAGUGCUGGCAGAAGGAUGAACACAGCGAGAGAGACAGGCAGAGAGAGAGACAGGCAGAGAGAGAGACAGGCAGAGAGAGAGACAGGCAGAGAGAGAGACAGGCAGAGAGAGAGAGAGACAGGCAGAGAGAGAGACAGGCAGAGAGAGAGACAGGCAGAGAGAGACAGGCAGAGAGAGAGACAGGCAGAGAGAGAGAGACAGGCAGAGAGAGACAGGCAGAGAGAGAGACUUGCAGAGAGAGAGAGAGAGACAGGCAGAGAGAGAGACAGGCAGAGAGAGAGAGAGAGGGGGGGGAAGAGAGAGCAAGAGAGAGGGGGAAAGAGAGAGCAAGAGAGAGGGAAAGAGAGACAUGCAGAGAGAGAGAGAGACAUGCAGAGAGAGAAAGCGACAGGCAGAGAGAGAGAGACAGGCAGAGAGAGAGAGACUUGCAGAGAGAGAGAGAGAGACAGGCAGAGAGAGAGACAGGCAGAGAGAGAGAGAGAGGGGGGGGGAAGAGAGAGCAAGAGAGAGGGGGAAAGAGAGAGCAAGAGAGAGGGAAAGAGAGACAGAGAGAGAGAGAGAGACAUGCAGAGAGAGAAAGCGACAGGCAGAGAGAGAGAGACAGGCAGAGAGAGAGAGACUUGCAGAGAGAGAGAGAGAGACAGGCAGAGAGAGGCAGAGAGAGAGAGAAAGAAAGAGAGAGAGAGAGAGACCGAGAGAGAGGGAAAGAGAGACAGAGAGAGACAGGCAGAGAGAGAUAAAGAGAGAGACAGAGAGAGAGAGAGGGAAAGAGAGACAGAGAUAGAGACAGGCAGAGAGAGAGAGCGUGAGAGCGAGGGGGGGGGGGGGGACAACAAGAGAGAUCUAACUUAUAGACUGCAUUAGUCUUGCAUUUCAAACUCAUUCACAGCAGCGGUUGAAAGACACUGCACUUACCCACAAAAUCAUACCCCAAGAGCAUCCACUGUGUGUGUACGUGUGUGUGCGCGCAUGUGUGUGUGCGUGAUAAAAUGAUGUCAGAGCUUUGUUAUGGGAACAGAGGAGCCUUGUGUCCACAUGAAUAAUGCAUCUCCAGCUGCAGGAUAGACACAGAGGCAGUCACACACACACGCACGCACGCACGCACGCGCACUCACGCACGCACACACACACACACACACACACACACACACACACACACACACACACAGGAGCAUGUAGUGCUACUUUAAAGACGGAAAAGGGUACCAGCAGUCAAGGAGACAGAAGCAGGUUGUCACAGAGAUUAAAAGCAGGUUGUCAUGGAUACAAGUUACACCGAGGCACGUAGUCAUGGAAACAACAGCCAUGAAGACAGGCAGAAACAGCAGUGGCAUAGUCAAAAGGGCCAGAACCAUUCAGAACAUUGAGAAUAUAGCCAGCAGCAGAUAGAAAGGACGCUGUGUACACUCCAUCUCUAUCUACACAGCUCUGAAUGUCAAGCUCUACUAAACAUGCUCUGUAGCCAUGGAGACAGGGGCAGACCCUCACACAGACAGACAGAGGCUGCAUCUCAAUAGUCUAAAGUGGCUUCCUCGCCGCGUCAUCGGCAUUGAUCUGAAAUCACAGGAAAGGGUGAAAACAUUAUGGUGGAUGCCUAUUGAGCAUUUGCUAUGAUCUCUCCAGUUCUUUCAGAUCCAUGCAGAUAGGAAAGGAGAUGAGAGUAGACACUGGUAGUCAGGUGCUAUUAGCUUGGCUCUGCUUCAUACUAAAAUACGCCCCCUUGUGUCCAUGUGUGUUUAUGAGCUCCUCAGGGACAGGGCUAGAGGACUGUAGUAUGGGAAGUGAGUCUAAAUGGUUUUGGACGUGAGACACAGUGGAAAUGACUAGUACACAAUGCAUUAGUUCUGAGGUCGGCUCAGCCUUGGGGAGUUGUACGAGUGGACGGCUGUGUUUCAGAGCUGCAUGGAGUUUUCCAUUAGCUCUGGUCUCUCAUGCUGCAGAACCUGGAGCACGAGCAUGCACACACACACACGCACACGCGCGCACACACACACACACACACACACACACACACACACACACACACACACACACACACACACACAUAUGCCUGCAGGAACAAGGCAAAGUUCAAUCCCCAAGUGUCACUCUCAGUGAUCACUUGGCAGUCUUCCACUCUUUUUUUCUUGUCCCUAUAUCACCCUUCUCUCUCUUUGUCGUUGUCUCUAUUUUUUCAUUGUAUCUCUCUACUCCUUUGUUUUCCCAUUCUCUCUGUCAUUUUUUCCCUUCUCUUUCUACAUCUAUCUCCUCUCUCUCCUAUUUUCUUUCUCCCCUCUCACUCUUUCAUUCUCGCUCUCUUGUUAUCUCUCUCUCUCUCCCUCCCUCUCAAUCGCUCUCCCUCUAUCCCUCUCUCUCUUUAUCUCUCUCUCUCCUUCCUCUCAGCCAUACCCAUGUCCUCUCCGACUCAAUCCCAGAGAAUGCCCUCUCUGACUCAAUCCCAGAUAAUGCCCUCUCUGACUCAAUCCCAGAUAAUGCCCUCUCUGUGGGAUUGGACGAUUGCAGCAGGCGAAAGCGAAAGAGAGAUUACACUGACAGAUUAGUGAGCAGGAGCAGCACUACAUCAUCUCAACACACACUACACACACACACACACACACACACACACACACACACAUUCAUAUAAACACGCACACACACAUUGUCACACAUACACUCAUACGAAGCAAAUAUUCACCAUGUGAUACAGUACAUGAGUACACACUCACAUGCACACACACUCAGAGACACACACACAAACACUUAGUUUUUUCCCCCAUCUGUUUAACCCCUGCUCUUUGACCUCUGACCUACAGGGUGAUGUCUGAUUGGCCACUGGGGGGUGGCUGUGCUCUCUGUCACCAGCUCACCCUCUGAGGCUUAUGGGAUAGGACGCCCCCCUCCACACCCGCCCGUAACCUCCCAACCUGUAACCCCAGUUACGACUGUGCCAAAUCCUUGCCUGGCGAUUGGAGCCCUGGUCCUGACAUGGGCAGCCCCGGCUGGGAGGUGGGUGAAGUGAACCUAGCAUUAAAAGGCCAGCACAUAACAGAUGUUUUGUUUUGCUGUUUAUUUCUUCAUAUCUGUGUGUGUGUGUGUGUAUUGUCUCCAAUCCACUAUCUACCUUGUAUUUCAAACACAUUACAUGGUAAUUGCAUCAUAACAACCUAUUAAUUACCUUCUCUGGGAUUCAUUAAAUCAAGCUGUUCUAUUCAACUUCCAUGUUCAUCCAACACCUCCUUUCCCCCAUCCAUCCAGGUGGGUCCGGCGGUACCGGUGGAGCCCGUGCUGGACGCCUUGUGUCCAGAGUGUGGUCAGAUCCACCGGGCUUGGGAGAACCACCUUUAUAACUACCGCCUGGAGGUGGACGAUGACCUGGUGUGCCACAUCUGCCUGCAGCCCUUGGUCCAGCCCCUGGACACACCCUGCGGACACACCUUCUGUGCCCGCUGCCUCCACAGCUUCCUCCAGGAGCGGGACUUCUGCCCGCUGGACCGGACACAGCUGCAUAUGCAGGUGUGUAGGCGGAGCAGCAUCCUGGUGCACAAGCUGCUUGACAAGCUGUCUGUGUCCUGUCCCCUGGCCCCGGCCUGCAGCCUCAGCAUGCCCCGCUGUGACCUGGAGGCACACCUCAAACACAGGUAUAGUGGAGUCACUCACACACACACACCUGAAACACAGGUAGAGUGGAGUCACUCAAUCAAUCAAUUUUAUUUUAUAUAGCCCUUCUUACAUCAGCUAAUAUCUCGAAGUGCUGUACAGAAACCCAGCCUAAAACCCCAAACAGCUAGUAAUGCAGGUGUAGAAGCACGGUGGCUAGGAAAAACUCCCUAGAAAGGCGAAAACCUAGGAAGAAACCUAGAGAGGAACCAGGCUAUGAGGGGUGGCCAGUCCUCUUCUGGCUGUGCCGGGUGGAGAUUAUAACAGAACCAUGCCAAGAUGUUCAAAAAUGUUCAUAAGUGACAAGCAUGGUCAAAUAAUAAUCAGGAAUAAAUCUCAGUUGGCUUUUCAUAGCCGAUCAUUAAGAGUUGAAAACAGCAGGUCUGGGACAGGUAGGGGUUCCAUAACCGCAGGCAGAACAGUUGAAACUGGAAUAGCAGCAAGGCCAGGCGGACUGGGGACAGCAAGGAGUCACCACGGCCGGUAGUCCCGACGUAUGGUCCUAGGGCUCAGGUCUCUCAGUUGGCUUUUCAUAGCCGAUCAUUAAGAGUUGAAAACAGCAGGUCUGGGACAGGUAGGGGUUUCGUAGCCGCAGGCAGAACAGUUGAAACUGGAAUAGCAGCAAGGCCAGGCGGACUGGGGACAGCAAGGUGUCAUCAUGCCCGGUAGUCCUGACGUAUGGUCCUAGGGCUCAGGUUCUCAGAGAGAAAGAGAGAACGAGAGAAUUAGAGAGAGCAUACUUAAAUUCACACAGGACACUGGAUAAGACAGGAGAAGUACUCCAGGUAUAACCAACUAACCCCAGCCCCCCGACACAUAAACUACUGCAGCAUAAAUACUGGAGGCUGAGACAGGAGCGGUCCGGAGACACUGUGGCCCCAUCCGAAGAAACCCCCGGACAGGGCCAAACAGGAAGGAUAUAACCCCACCCACUCCGCCAAAGCACAGCCCCCGCACCACUAGUCACUCACACACGCACACCUGAAACACAGGUAGAGUGGAGUCACGCAUGCAAAGACACGCACACAUCCAUUGCAUGCAUGCACACACCACUCCUGGCGGAGGGAGGGGUCUAGAAAACGCCUUAUGGGAAGAGCCGUAUGGGAAGAAGUUUCCCCUAACCACCGAUAGAGGGUCAGAUAUAGCUUCAUCCCUGUAAUGGUUAAAGGCCCAGUGCAAUCAAAAACAUGAUUUUCCUGUGCUUGCUAUAUAUUUCCACACUAUGAGGUGGAAUAAUACUGUGAAAUUGUGAAAAGUAUGACAAUGCCCUUUUAGUGUAAGAGCUGUUUGAAAAGACCACCUGAAAUGUCAGUCUGUUUUGGUGGGAUGGAGUUUUGGCCUGCCUGGUGACAUCGCCAUGCGGUAAAUUAGUUACAGUGGGGGAAAAAAGUAUUUAGUCAGCCACCAAUUGUGCAAGUUCUCCCACUUAAAAAGAUGAGAGAGGCCUGUAAUUUUCAUCAUAGGUACACGUCAACUAUGACAGACAAAAUGAGGAAUAAAAAUCCAGAAAAUCACAUUGUAGGAUUUUUAAUGAAUUUAUUUGCAAAUUAUGGUGGAAAAUAAGUAUUUGGUCCAAUAAUAAAAGUUUCUCAAUACUUUGUUAUAUACCCUUUGUUGGCAAUGACACAGGUCAAACGUUUUCUGUAAGUCUUCACAAGGUUUUCACACACUGUUGCUGGUAUUUUGGCCCAUUCCUCCAUGCAGAUCUCCUCUAGAGCAGUGAUGUUUUAGGGCUGUCGCUGGGCAACACGGACUUUCAACUCCCUCCAAAGAUUUUCUAUGGGGUUGAGAUCUGGAGACUGGCUAGGCCACUCCAGGACCUUGAAAUGCUUCUUACGAAGCCACUCCUUCGUUGCCCGGGCGGUGUGUUUGGGAUCAUUGUCAUGCUGAAAGACCCAGCCACGUUUCAUCUUCAAUGCCCUUGCUGAUGGAAGGAGGUUUUCACUCAAAAUCUCACGAUACAUGGCCCCAUUCAUUCUUUCCUUUACACGGAUCAGUUGUCCUGGUCCCUUUGCAGAAAAACAGCCCCAAAGCAUGAUGUUUCCACCCCCUUGCUUCACAGUAGGUAUGGUGUUCUUUGGAUGCAACUCAGCAUUCUUUGUCCUCCAAACACGACGAGUUGAGUUUUUACCAAAAAGUUCUAUUUUGGUUUCAUCUGACCAUAUGACAUUCUCCCAAUCCUCUUCUGGAUCAUCCAAAUGCACUCUAGCAAACUUCAGACGGGCCUGGAAAUGUACUGGCUUAAGCAGGGGGACACGUCUUGCACUGCAGGAUUUGAGUCCCUGGCGGCGUAGUGUGUUACUGAUGGUAGGCUUUGUAACUUUGGUCCCAGCUCUCUGCAGGUCAUUCACUAGGUCCCCCCGUGUGGUUCUGGGAUUUUUGCUCACCGUUCUUGUGAUCAUUUUGACCCCACGGGGUGAGAUCUUGCGUGGAGCCCCAGAUCAAGGGAGAUUAUCAGUGGUCUUGUAUGUCUUCCAUUUCCUAAUAAUUGCUCCCACAGUUGAUUUCUUCAAACCAAGCUGCUUACCUAUUGCAGAUUCAGUCUUCCCAGCCUGGUGCAGGUCUACAAUUUUGUUUCUGGUGUCCUUUGACAGCUCUUUGGUCUUGGCCAUAGUGGAGUUUGGAGUGUGACUGUUUGAGGUUGUGGACAGGUGUCUUUUAUACUGAUAACAAGUUCAAACAGGUGCCAUUAAUACAGGUAACGAGUGGAGGACAGAGGAGCCUCUUAAAGAAGAAGUUACAGGUCUGUGAGAGCCAGAAAUCUUGCUUGUUUGUAGGUGACCAAAUACUUAUUUUCCACCAUAAUUUGCAAAUAAAUUCAUUAAAAAUCCUACAAUGUGAUUUUCUGGAAAAAAAAUUCUCAAUUUGUCUGUCAUAGUUGACGUGUACCUAUGAUGAAAAUGACAGGCCUCUCUCAUCUUUUUAAGUGGGAGAACUUGCACAAUUGGUGGCUGACUAAAUACCUUUUUCCCCACUGUAAUAGACCAAUAAGAAAAAGAGUUCCAAACCUCUCUGCCAAUAACAUCUAGUUUUCAGUUACCCCCUCCCCACUCAGACCACUCCCAGACAGACCCUAGCAAAAGAUAUUGCUCUUUGCUAAGAAGCUAUUUUGGUUUAUUUUUUACCGUUUUAAUUAAAAACAAUCACAGUGAGGUAAAUAAUUGCUACCCAGAAAUGAUUUGAUAUGGAGAUAGAAACGGCUGCAUUGGACCUUUAAGGUUAGGGCUGACUAUGAUCAACUGAUGCUGGACCUGUUUCUUACAAGCAGCUCCCCCCUGGGAGACCACACAGUGGUUAUUACAUCCCUGGUCGUGUGACUGGGGAUUACCAGCCAGUGACUUGGUCAUGUGUUGUCCGGCGGAGGCUACGUGUCCUCUGACUUCCACCAUGCUGGGAAACUUCAACUCCAGAGACCUGUUCAACCACUUUUUCUGUGACACUGCCAAGGGCAACCCUGACCUGUGGUGAGUUCGGUAGUAGGGUAAUACAUCUGGCUGUUCUAGCGCCUCUCUAAUUGGGUGAUCAACCCACAAAGCCUCACACACACACAUAGCUCAGGGUGUGUGCUGGUGGGGAGCUCAGCAGGGUAGUGGUAGCUGUGAGAUGUGUUGGUGUAUGUAGCUACUAUAUCUGCAGUGAGUGAGGUCUGUUGUGUAAAGUACUAAAAUAUGUGUAGAUGUCGGUUGAAACAGUGUAGAAUUUGGCCUCUAAGAUGUGAUAAAUUGAUGCUGAACUUUGUAGUGUUUGAAUCAGCGAAUAGGACAUACAUUGCAAUUACUGUGUAGAGAUGUAUCUUACCAACCCGUUUGUUGUUGUCCUGACUCCUGCUGUGACAUGACAACAACAAAGGAUUUGGAUAAAGCUGGAACAUACUGGUUACUAGGCUACACUGAACUGUGUGAGGUUCUGGACUGAUUCUGGACUAGACCAAAUGAAUGCCAACUUUUGCUGUAUUCCACAUUCUGUAGCUAUCCCUAGGGAAACUCUCCAUUGCUGUAUUGAUGCGUGGUUAUUAAGGUUAUAGCUGCUAAACGUCCGGGUCUCAGGGGAGAUUUACCUUAACGAGCUAAGGCUAAUGAGCUGUUGUUAACACUAACAGGCUUUCCCUGAGUCAGCUGUCUGGGCACGGGACACCCACCCCUUCCCUAGCCCUCUCUGCCCUGUACUGUCCAGUCCAGCCUUUGGCCCAGUGUCCGCUAUAGCUUAAUUCUAAUUAUUUUAAAGUGCAUCCUCUCUUACUUCCUUCCUCCCUCAAAGUCAUCAAUGAUGUGCCAAGGUGUGAUUGGUGAUACCAAUGAGAUUGCCAACAACGUCAAUCAGUGAUUACCUCAAUGAAUGAAUGAAGGAAGUAAGGGAGGAUGGAAGGAUAGCCUAAGGCUAGAUGUCCACUACAACUUCUCCUCAGCUGCUGGACAAGCAUAUCCAAAAUGGCUUCCCACUGGGCAUUCAUGUUCUGGCAGGUGAGAUCUGUCUCAUUCUAAGUGGUCCCUAAUGAGGUCUCUCUGAGGUGUCUGUUUUGUGACUGUGCAUUCUUUGCUCUGUUCUUAUGGCAUCUUUAGAGUAAGGCCCAGAUCCACGUGGUUAGUGCCCCUGCCCCAGCCCUACAACAGGAAUGGAGCUAAGGACGGGAUGAGAUCAUGAGAGACAGAAUUGGGUGUCUGUCAGCUUGGACAUUUAACAUUGUUUAUGGUCCUACAGCUUCCUUAAAGUCAGGGAUUGGACACUGCCGCACCCAUUAGAGUAGAACAGAAACAUGCCAGGGCACUUGGAACGUCCUUCGGAGGGCCUGGUCGGCAACAUCCCAGGGACCUCUGCUACCAGGGGUUGAGAAACACAGCUCUAUUUCAAUGCAAUAGGUUUCCUGAUAUUUUCUGUUGUACCUGUUUAUGAGCUGAACUCAAUGGUGGCAGGUUGUGUAUCUUUUCAUGCAUACAGCAUGUGUGUGAAACGUAUGUCAGCUCAGUAUAUGUGCAGCCAGUUGCAAUGUUCCCUCUCAUUCUUUUCGGCACUGAGCAAAUUUCAGGCCUGCUGAGCGCAAAUUUUAAUGUUGUGAAAAUUCUGUGCAACUUCAGGCGAGCGUUUACUGUGAACAUUGAGGCUGUACCUGCUUUAAGUUAGUUUUAACAGUGGUCAAGUAGGCUACUGUGGCAAUUUGAUCAUAAUGUAGGCCUACCAGAGUGGCCUACUUCAAAAACAAUGGAGAAAAUGCAUCCCAUAACAUUUUAACAUGGAAAUAGUUGUUCUAUCGUUCAGCCUACACUAGCAGCCAAUGUGUGGUGUUCAAUGUAGCCCUACAUUCCAUGAGACUUUUGAAAAUAACAUACAGGGUUUGACAUUAACCUGUUUAUCCACUUGUCCUUCAGACAAGGAGGUGACUGAAAAUGUUGUUGUGUUGUUUGAUGCAAGAAACCCCUUUACAAAAUAGAAUGCAUCAUUAGUCCCAUACCAUUAUUACAGAUAAUUAGACAAAUUAUGCUACCCUCUGCCUAUUGGCUACUUAGCUUACUCAAGCCUGUCUCAAAAUACAACACUGCCCCUUUAAGACAAAAAAAAGCUCUUUACCUGACUGGCUUUUCAAAGAUGUCUGGAAAUGCACACGUUUUGUGCUGUUGUAGGAAGCGAUCACUCCCCCAUAUAUGGAAAUGGUCUAUUUUCAUAUAGGCCUACUGCAGCUCUGAUUGGUUAUGGCGCACCGGCCUUGAAUUGUGCCUGUCAAUGCAAUAGAAUCCUACUCCGAUGCGUUCUGCCUACAACUAAAUCUCUUGCAUAGUUAGUUUUGCAUACUACCUCUUGCAUAGUUCGUUUUGUUUUUGGUAUGUUGCAUUGAAAGUGGCUAAUAUUGCGUUGAUUCGAUCAGAAUUCCCACAGUAAAGGGAAACGUUGAUAGUGUUAACUAAUGGGAAAAACUCUAGAAAGUUUAAUCUCGUGCAUCUCACGCGAGCAGCUUAGAGAGAACAUUGGCCAGUUGUAUAACCCCCCCCCAUAUCCCUCUCUCUCUGUGUCCAGGUGUCCAGGGACGCGGUCUCAGCAGACCAAUUUACAGGGCCCACCAUGUGAUCACGGGGAGGAGGGAGCCAUGGUGACCAGCCCACCCAGGUCCCCCCACUCCCCCCAGACGGAGACAGACCUGCAGGAGGAGAGCUCCCCCUUGCCCCCUGGUGGCACCUCCGCCGCCAGCAGCAGUGUCCCCAUGUGGAGUGACGAGCCUGGACUGGACAACCCCGCCUUCGAGGAGAGCACUGAGGAGGACAGUGAGUGAGAGUAACAACUGUGUAUGUGUGUGUCUGUGUGUGUGUGUGUGUGUGUUACUAACCCCUCUCUCUGUGUGUAGGUGUGGUAGGGUUGGAGUGUGUGGUGCCCAGGGUAAAGCGACCCCUCAGUAACCCCUGCAUCCACCUCCUCCGCACCGCCAGCGCCGCCUCCUCAGGGUGGGACUGCCCCGAGUCCCCGCCCCUCUCCGCUGAAGAGGGUAUUACAUCACUUCCUCCAUCUGACUUCCUGUCCCUAACCUUCCUCUCUAAAUGCCUUGAAUCUAAACAUUUAUGAAUAUUAGAGAUUGAUGUGCUUACAUGUCCCUGUGUAUCUCCCAGGUUGUGUGAAGCUGCCAUCCCUUCCAGAGGGUGAGAUCACCACCAUCGAGGUCCACCGCUCCAACCCAUAUGUAGAACUGGGCAUCAGCAUCGUCGGGGGCAACGAGACGCCCCUCAUCAACGUGGUGAUCCAGGAAGUUUACCGUGACGGGGUCAUUGCUCGAGAUGGCAGGCUUCUGGCCGGGGACCAGAUACUACAGGUCCUGCAUGGCUGUGAUCUUUCUUCUAUCUCCCCUCUUUCCUUCCUUUUCCUGAACACUUCACCCCUCUUCCCUUCCUUUUCCUGAACAGUUCACCCCUCUUUCCUUCCUUUUCCUGAACACUUCACCCAUCUUUCCUUCCUUUUCCUGAACACUUCACCCCUCUUCCCUUCCUUUUCCUGAACACUUCCUUCCUUUUCCUGAACACUUCACCCCUCUUCCCUUCCUUUUCCUGAACACUUCACCCCUCUUCCCUUCCUUUUCCUGAACACUUCACCCCUCUUUCCUUCCUUUUCCUGAACACUUCACCCCUCUUCCCUUCCUUCCUGAACACUUCACCCCUCUUUCCUUCCUUUUCCUGAACACUUCACCCCUAUUUCCUUCCUUUUCCUGAACACUUCACCCCUCUUUCCUUCCUUUUCCUGAACACUUCAUCCCUCUUUCCUUCCUUUUCCUGAACACUUCACCCCUCUUCCCUUCCUUUUCCUAAACACUUCACCCCUCUUUCCUCCUCCUUCUCUCUUAUCCUCCUCUCUUAAAGGGAUACUUCAGGAUUUUGGCAAUGAAGCCCUUUAUCUACUUCCCUAGAGUCAGAUGAACUCAUGGAUACCAUUUUUAUGUUUCUGCGUGCAGUUUGAAGGAAGUUGCUAACUAGCGUUAGCACAAUUGCUAACUGGCGUUGGCGCAAUGACUGGAAGUCUAUGGUAACUGCUAGCAUGCUAGUAGAUGCAAUCAGAGAUACAUUUAAGGAGAUGGGAAGCUCCUUUGGAAUCAUAUUAACGCCCAUUGUAUACGUUGCCUAUGCGCCGUCCAUGGACCACGCAGUGCAUUCUGGGAGAUUCUGGGACAAGGAGAGCUCUCCUUCAAGGAGUGAAUGGGAGUAAAUUGUGCACUAGCUCCAAAACUCAACAUUAGCAUGAAUUUAGUCAACAAGAAGUACAACAUUACAAAUAUUUUCAGAGAUGUGAGAUAGUUCACUUGUUCUCUGUAAUAUCGUAUAGCUUUGCAAUCGUGACCGUACGUACUUUCAAGGAAAAUAGGCAGGUUUCUCGAACCUGACUUUGAGAAGGGAUUGCAUGAUGAUUAGCUUAGCAACCUCGUGACGCAGCAUGACUACGUGAAUGCGAUUGGUCGACAGUCUGCUGGGUGAGGUGUUAUACGUUCCUCCAUUCAUUGUCCAAUGGGAUUCCUAUCUCCUCCUUUCUCUAAUAUCUCUGAUGCAAUGACUGGAAGUCUAUGGUAACUGCUAGAAUGCUAGUAGAUACCGCAGACUUCCAGUCAUUGCCCUAAUGCUAGUUAGCAUUGGCUCGCAAAAUUACCUCUAACUUCCUUCAUACUGGAUGCAGAAACAUAACAAUGGUAUCCAUGAGUUCAUCUGACUCUGAGGAAGUAGAUAAAGGGCUUCAUUGCUAAAAUCCCAAAGUAUCCCUUUAACUGCUCUCUCUCUCCCCCUUCCCAGGUCAACAGUGUAGACAUCAGCAACGUGCCCCAUAACUUUGCCCGCUCCACGUUUGCACGCCCCUGUGCCAUGCUACAGCUCACUGUCCUGAGGGAGCGCCGCUGCACCUCUCGCCCGCCCCCCUUCACCACCCGUUCUGUGCCUCACGCCCCCUGCUCCACCCCAGAGAGCACCCCAUCCAGCCCUGCCAGCCUGAGGAUCACCCUGCACAAGCGGGACUCGUCAGAGCAGCUGGGCAUCAAGCUGGUGCGGAGGACGGACGAGGAGGGGGUGUUUGUGUUAGACCUGCUGGACGGCGGCUUAGCGGCCAAGGACGGGAGGCUGUGUAGUAACGAUCGCGUGCUGGCGGUCAAUGAACAGGACCUACGCCACGGCACGCCUGAACAGGCUGCUCAGAUCAUACAGGUAAGGCUAGGGUUGAAACAGUGUUUCUGAAACGGUGAGUUGGGACAGUUCCUCUUGGCUCAUGCCUAACCCUACUCCCUUUCCCUGUUGACUACAGGCCAGUGGCGAGAGAGUAUUUCUACUGAUUGGCCGGCCCAGCAAGCCUACCUCUCCACCAAGCUCCACCUCCAACAGAGACCUGUACUGCCAUGACCACUUCCUCCCCAAUCACCACCACCACCACUACAGCUUCUCCCCCAGCCCCAGCCCAGUGCCUACCUGCGCCCACCUGGCCCGCUCCAGCACCCACAGAGUGAGUACACACACCUGAGGGGAGUGUGUGUGUCUGACUGUGUCUGUUCAUGUGUAUCUUUGUAUGCUGGAGGCCUCUCCCAAUGUGUACACUGACCUCUCUUAUCGUGUGUGUUUGUCUGUGUGUGUGUGUGUGUGUGUGUGUGUGUAGGACCUGUCCCAGUGUGUGACCUGUAAGGAGAAACACAUCACUGUGAAGAAGGAGCCUCAUGAAUCUCUGGGUAUGACUGUGGCGGGGGGGCGGGGCAGCAAGAGCGGCGAGCUGCCCAUCUUUGUGACCAGCGUCCAACCACAUGGCUGCCUGUCACGUGAUGGACGAAUCAAACGAGGUGAGCAAUGGCCCACAUCAUCCAGUGGGAGCUUCCAAUAUUAUUCUCAAGGCCUAAUUCAAGUUGUCAGUUUUUGGUUUGGCUCUCUUCCCGUGCUCAUUAUCUGCUUCAGCUGUAGUCUCAGAGGUCAAUGUCUCUCAGGACUAUUUGUCCCUAACUAACAGUUUUUCUCUGUCCUCUAUCUUUCUAUCCCUCCCUCUGUUUCCCCCACUCCUGCUGCCCCUCUCUCUCUUUUCCCUCUCUCUCACACUCUUUCCUUCUACCCCCCCCCCCCCCUUCCCCUGCCCCCCACACUCUCAUCCCCUCCAGGUGACAUCCUUCUGAGUAUCAACAGCCAGGACCUGACCUACCUGAGCCACAGCGAGGCGGUGGGCACCCUGAAGGCCAGCGCUGCAUCGCCCUCCAUCCAGCUGAGGGCGCUGGAGGUCAGCAUGGUGGAGGAGCCGGGCCAGGGCCAGAGCCCCGAGGACCAGCUGCUGCCCCCACACCACCACACACACAACUCAGACUACGACUCCUCCUGGUCCCCUUCCUGGGUCAUGUGGCUCGGCCUGCCAAGGUACAGAGAAGAUACCCCUCACACACACACACACCUGUUUGGGUUGGACUCAUUUGGGGUGUUUGGGAUAUUGGGAGUUUGUGUGAAAGUAUAGCUUUGACUUUAUUUAGUGGUUUCAUGUUAGUGUAGGUGAAGCUGAGGAAAGGAAUACAUUUUAGACUAUUGAGAUCCACCUGAAGUCAUCUGUGGAGAUUGUGUUUGAGUGUGUUCGGUAUUGGGAUGUACAGUGAGGGAAAAAAGUAUUUGAUCCCCUGCUGAUUUUGUAGGUUUGCCCACUGACAAAGAAAUAAUCAGUCUAUAAUGUUAAUGGUAGGUUUAUUUGAACAGUGAGAGACAGAAUAACAACAACAAAAUCCAGAAAAACGCAUGUCAAAAAUGUUAUAAAUUGAUUUGCAUUUUAAUGAGGGAAAUAAGUAUUUGACCCCCUCUCAAUCAGAAAGAUUUCUGGCUCCCAGGUGUCUUUUAUACAGGUAACGAUCUGAGAUUAGGAGCACACUCUUAAAGGGAGUGCUCCUAAUCUCAUCUUGUUACCUGUAUAAAAGACACCUGUCCACUGAAGCAAUCAAUCAAUCAGAUUCCAAACUCUCCACCAUGGCCAAGACCAAAGAGCUCUCCAAGGAUGUCAGGGACAAGAUUGUAGACCUACACAAGGCUGGAAUGGGCUACAAGACCAUCGCCAAGCAGCUUGGUGAGAAUGUGACAACAGUUGGUGCGAUUAUUCGCAAAUGGAAGAAACACAAAAUAACUGUCAAUCUCCCUCGGCCUGGGGCUCCAUGCAAGAUCUCACCUCGUGGAGUUGCAAUGAUCAUGAGAACUGUGAGGAAUCAGCCCAGAACUACACAGGAGGAUCUUGUCAAUGAUCUCAAGGCAGCUGGGACCAUAGUCACCAAGAAAACAAUUGGUAACACACUACGCUGUGAAGGACUGAAAUCCUGCAGUGCCCGCAAGGUCCCCCUGCUCAAGAAAGCACAUAUACAUGCCCGUCUGAAGUUUGCCAAUGAACAUCUGAAUGAUUCAGAGGAGAACUGCGUGAAAGUGUUGUGGUCAGAUGAGACCAAAAUGGAGCUCUUUGGCAUCAACUCAACUCGCCGUGUUUGGAGGAGGAGGAAUGCUGCCUAUGACCCCAAGAACACCAUCCCCACCGUCAAACAUGGAGGUGGAAACAUUAUGCUUUGGGGGUGUUUUUCUACUAAGGGGACAGGACAACUUCACCGCAUCAAAGGGACGAUGGACGGGGCCAUGUACCAUCAAAUCUUGGGUGAGAACCUCCUUCCCUCAGCCAGGGCAUUGAAAAUGGGUCAUGGAUGGGUAUUCCAGCAUGACAAUGACCCAAAACACACGGCCAAGGCAACAAAGGAGUGGCUCAAGAAGAAGCACAUUAAGGUCCUGGAGUGGCCUAGCCAGUCUCCAGACCUUAAUCCCAUAGAAAAUCUGUGGAGGGAGCUGAAGGUUCGAGUUGCCAAACAUCAGCCUCGAAACCUUAAUGACUUGGAGAAGAUCUGCAAAGAGGAGUGGGACAAAAUCCCUCCUGAGAUGUGUGCAAACCUGGUGGCCAACUACAAGAAAUGUCUGACCUCUGAUUGCCAACAAGGGUUUUGCCACCAAGUACUAAGUCAUGUUUUGCAGAGGGGUCAAAUACUUAUUUCCCUCAUUCAAAUGCAAAUCAAUUUAUAACAUUUUUGACAUGUGUUUUUCUGGAUUUUUGUUGUUGUUAUUCUGUCUCUCACUGUUCAAAUAAACCUACCAUUAAAAUUAUAGACUGAUAAUUUCUUUGUCAGUGGGCAAACGUACAAAAUCAGCAGGGGAUCAAAUACUUUUUUCCCUCACUGUAUAUGUCUCUCAUGUCAUGUGUCACUAUUAUGUGUGUAUGUUGGUAUGCGUGUGGGCCAGGGUGUGUGUGUUACGUAAGGCGGUCCAUACGGGGCGUUAUGUUUGUGUGUGUGUUGUCCAGAACUAUGCUGUAAACAUUAACAGCUGUAGUGAGGAUUAUCAACUGAGAGACAUGUGGUGACAUCCCCAACGUCUCUCCACAAUUCAUCCUUCUUAGGCUGGUACAGAGAGCAGCCUCAAACUCACCCCUCCUUUUUUCUAGCGCUCUCUCCUUUUCUUCUGCUGUCUUUGUUUCUCUCCCUCCUUUUCUGUCUCUCUCUGUUUCUCUCCCUCCUUUUCUGUCUCUCUCUGUUUCUCUCCCUCCUUUUCUGUCUUUCUCUGUUUCCUCCCUCUCCAUCUGUCUCACUCUGUUUCCUCCUUCCUUUUCUGUCUUUCUCUGUUUCCUCCCUACCCAUCUGUCUCUCUCUGUUUCCUCCCUCCUUUUCUGUCUUUCUCUGUUUCCUCCCUCCACAUCUGUCUCUCUCUGUUUCCUCCCUACCCAUCUGUCUUUCUCUUGCCCUCCUUCCCUAUUUCUCUCCCUGCUCUUCUCUCUCUCACUAAACCUGGCUCACCCUCUAUCUCCCCCUUCUUCCUUCACCUGUCUCUCUCCCUCUCACUAAAACACUGACUCAUUCUCUCCAUCCAUCUCUCUCUCUCUCUGUAUUCUCUCUAUCUCAGCUACCUUCACAGUAGCCAUGAGAUUGUUCUGCGUAGAAGUCACCCUGGGAGCUGGGGCUUCAGCAUCGUCGGGGGAUACGAGGAAAACCAUAGCAACCAGGCAUUCUUCAUCAAGACCAUUGUCCUUGGAACGCCCGCAUACUACGAUGGCCGCCUCAAGUAAGCCGUCAGUCAUGUUGUUGGGUUAUGAGCAUAAAGACACAUUUCCGUUCUCUGUAAGUUAAUGGACAAUAAAGUACAUCUUAUAUUAUCUUAUUAUCUCACAUGGCCACUUUAUUAGGUACACCCAUCUAGUACCGGGUUUGACCCCCCUUUUCCUCCAGAACAGCCUGAAUUCUUCGGGGCAUGGAAACGUUGCUCAAUUGGUAUCAAGGGACCUAACAUGUGCCAGGAAAACAUUCCCCACACCAUUACACCACCCCCACCAGCCUGUACCGUGCCUGCUGCUUACGCCAAAUCCUGACUCUGCCAUCAGCAUGAAUCAAAUCAAAUCAAAUCCAAUUUGAUUUGCCACAUGGGCCGAAUACAACAGGUUCUAAGGUCAAUGUAGACCUUACAUUGAAAUGCUUACUUACAAGCACUUAACCAACAAUUCAGUUUUAAGAAAGAAAAGUGUUGAGUAAAAAAUAGAUAAGUAAAAAAUAAAAAUACAAAAAUUAUUAAAGAGCAGCAGUAAAAUAAAAUAAUAGUAGGGAGCCUAUAUAAAGGGGGGUACCAGUACUGAGUCAAUGUGCGGGGGCACCGGUAAGUCGAGGUAGUUGAAGUAAUAUGUACAUGUGGGUAGAGUUAAAGUGACUAUGAAUAGAUCAUAAACAGAGUAGCAGCAGCUUAAAAGAGGGGGUGGGGUGUGGGUGGGGUUGGGGGGGGACAAUGCAAAUAGUCAGGGUAGACAUGAUUAGCUGUUCAGGAGUCUUUUGGCUUGGGGGUAGAAGCUGUUGAGAAGCCUUUUGGACCUAGACUUGGCGCUCCGGUACCGUUGCCAUGUGGUAGCAGAGAGAACAGUCUAUGACUAGGCUGGCUGGAGUCUUUGACCAUUUUUAGGGCCUUCCUCUGACACCGCCUGGUAUAGAGGUCCUGGAUGGCAGGAAGCUUGGCCCCAGUGAUGUACUGGGCCGUACGCACUACCCUCUGUAGUGCCUUGCGGUCGGAGGCCGAGCAGUUGCCAUACCAGGCGGUGAUGCAACCAGUCAGGAUACUCUCGAUGGUGCAGCUGUAGAACAUUUUGAGGAUCUGAGGACCCAUGUACCUAAUAAACUGGUGUAUAUCUACUGUAUAUCGUCCAUCCAUGUUUAUGUGCCUCUCUGUUCCCGUAUGUGUUCCCUAGGUGUGGGGACAUGAUAGUGGCGGUUAAUGGACUGUCUACGGCUGGUAUGAGCCACUCAGCCCUGGUACCCAUGCUGAAGGAGCAGCGUAGCAGAGUGGCUCUCACCGUGGUCUCCUGGCCUGGCAGCCUGGCAUAGCAUCAUGCCAUACUGAAAUUACUGUAGACUGGAUCUAACUAGGGCCCAAUCAUGCUAGACUGCAUCGAAAUCAUGCCAUACUGAAAUUGUUCUAGAUCGGACCUACUGUAACCCGGGCCAAAUCAGACUUCAUCAAACCAGUCUAGAGUGAACCGGGCCCUACGGAGGAAGAUCACUUGAUACUAAGCUGGACUGUGUCAGCCCCACAUCAAACAGACUGCUGUGGUCAUAUGGUCAUGUUAUCGGUCUUCACUCCCACUCAGGGAGAGUGGGACUAUCUGUUAAAGGACAGUACAUAGUCUCUGGACUGUUUCUCUUCACUGGACUGCAGUUGUAGAUACCAGGGGUGUAUUCAGGUGGCCACAACGUUAGAAUUUCACGGCAUAGAACAGAUAAGAUUCUCUGCCAUGUAGAAUUAUAUAGAUCAGCUCUAGGCCAUGUAUUUCUGUCUGAAACAUUUAAGCGUUGCUUCUAGGGUUUUCAGGAGAAAACGGGAUAAAACAUUCACCCAUUCUCUCCUGAAUAAACCCCAGGCCUUACCGGAUACCUGCCACGCCCUGGGGGCCCAACCCCCUGGACGCAGCCUUAGGCCUCAACACUGUGACGGCCCAGCCAUCAGCUCCCUAGGGUUUUCUACGUGUGAAUUCUGCAGUUUGAUAAAUAUUUCCAACAGAGGGCAUUUGAGUCCGUUUUCUUACCCACCUCUGCCUGGCUCCACAUCUUCAUACUGAGAGGAAAACACUUUCAUAUGCUAGGAGUCAUUUCAGCACCUGGAUGUGUUCAUUCAGUGUUCUGUGAGGACCCUGAGUGGUGCAUUUCAAGCACACACUGCUAUUUGUUCACCAUCACCCCACCUACAGAUUAGCCAUUAUAUUGAACAGAUACACCUAGUGGCCACUAAGAAUGAAAAGCCUUAAAAUGGAAGGCAGUCAGAGCAAGAUCAGAUGGGACCAUUCUAGCCACUGAGGGCAGAGACAAGUGAAAAGCCACAACGUCGAUAGAAAGUGUUUUCCUCAAAGUUGCUGGGAUGUCGCGUGUCCUACUUAUCAGUACACUCGUAACCUAAUCAUGAAACUUCUAGUCUUAAAUAAGCCACACGUAGCAAAUAAGCCAUUUAAUUUGUUUACCAAAUUC